AAUAAUUAGCGAUUUAAAUGGCUGACGGGCAUAAGAUCGUGCACAGGCGAUUGUCCCGGGAUUAUAGUGAUUCCUCCGACGAAUCUGACAAGGAAGAGCCCGUCAAGCAGACGACAAAACCGAAAACUGCACCCUCGGCCGGAGUUCCGCCGACGAGAAAAAUUCCGGAAAAGAACGGACUUUGCCUGAAGCCUUCCCUCAGCUUGGAACCAUACGAUGUGGCAUUCAAGGUGAUGCUGGUCGGUGACUCCGGGGUGGGGAAGACGUGCCUGCUCGUCCGAUACAAAGACGGCGCUUUCCUGUCUGGCGUCUUUAUAUCCACGGUGGGCAUCGACUACCGGAAUAAAGUGGUAAACGUAGAUGAUACUAAAGUAAAACUACAGAUAUGGGACACGGCAGGACAAGAGCGAUUUAGAAGUGUCACGCAUGCUUACUACAGAGAUGCUCAUGCUCUACUUUUAUUGUACGAUGUGACCAAUAAAUCAAGCUUUGACAAUACGAGGGCGUGGUUGGGGGAAAUCAACGAGUACGCCCAGGACGACGUCGUCAUUAUGCUCAUCGGAAAUAAAGCGGACUCAUCGGCCGACAGGCAAGUGAUGUAUGAAGACGGGGAAAGGCUGGCGAAGGAAUACGGAGUCGCUUUCAUGGAAACAAGUGCCAAAACUGGAACUAACGUAGAAUUAGCCUUUAUGGCUGUAGCCAGGGAACUCAAGUACAGACAAAGCUGCCAGCCCGACCAGGAAUCCAAGUUCAACGUCAAGGAGUACGUUCGGCAGGAGAGCACGAAAGGCAGUUCUUCGGGGAGUUGCUGCGGAUAGGGAAUAUCCUGGUUGCUAUGGUUACAGAAACAAUUCCUGCGCCCAGAAGCGUGUCUGUGUCAACUCAACCCACCUGGAUGGAGAAAAGAUGGCGAGGGAAAACGAAAGUUCGCUCCCUUUGUUUCGUUUCUUUUUUGUUUCCAUCAUUUCGUCAUAGGAGCGAGUAUUUUGUAUUUUUUCUAUGUUCGACGUUUUUAUAUUUGUGAUCAUGAAAGGGAAAUUUCGUCAGG